UUUGAAUGUAUCAAUACAUGAAUGAAGUUUGUAUGCCUGACUGAUCUAGCUUAACAUAUUUACGAAAUGUAAAACGGAUGUAUACACAAACGGUAUGUCAUGUACUUCCCGGUUAACAACGAACACAACGUCAUGUUGAUCUGGUAACAAUGAAGAUGAGUUUAAAGCUAGAACUACUUUCAAUUAUCAUUGAGACCGUCAUUGUGACAGUAGCAGCGCAAAUAAAUCUUGCACCACAGGGAGUAGCGGUACAACGCACAGAUUAUCUAGAUCGUUACGCAAAUCUUGCAAUAAAAGGACCUGCAAAUAAUGAAUGGGCCGACGGAUGUUCUGCAACAAAUGCAGGACAAUUUUACGCAUGGUGGGGCCUACAACUUCCAGCAGUUGCUCAUAUGACAAACAUUGUGAUUUAUUACCGGAAAAAUUUUGCACAUCGUAUGGAUCAGUUUCGUGUGUAUCUAGAGAAUGGAACUGCAGACCAAAGUAGCGAUCUUGGUCUCUGCUACACAGACAAAGGAAUACCUGGCUAUCCUGCCAUUACUCAAAACAUAACUUGUAAUAUGCUUGCCAAAAAUAUGUAUUUCGUCAACAGAAGAAACAAUGUGGAAUGCUUUGUUGAAUUGUGCUACAUAGCAAUCUAUGGUAAAGAUGCUGGAAAGGUACAUGGGGAAGAAACUGUACAGAAUUAUGCCCGCUGA